UACCAGCUUCGUACGCUUUUGUUCUACAACUUAUAUACCCUUCAAGACUUUUACGAAUUUACAAUCAUAUUCACCAUAGUCUUCUUUCUCUGUAUCUCGUUCCGCGGUUUGGAGUUCGCUUGGAAGCAGCAGGUGAUGUCGUCACGAAUAAGGCAACCCAUCUAGCCAUUUCAACAUUCAACCUGAAACCAUCAAGAGGUUGUCAGAUGACGCAUACUCCACGCAAGCAUGUACCUUGCACAUCAUACAUUGCCGAUCUCGCCUGUACUUCGUCAUCUUCAUCACAUACCAUUGGAGCGCGUAGAGCGGCUACAAUGCAACAAGAGAAUAUGAAACUGGAUACUGAUACUUAUAUUCGGGAUUCGUUUGUUUGCACGUGCUUGGCUUGCAUUGAUGUGUUUCUCCCUGCAUACAUUGGGUUGUCUCAGCCUUGUGAAUCUCAUGCGCUUGGUCUACCGAGGGCUAAGGGCAGAUAUUGCCUUGUCAGAGAUGUCGUCCUGGUGGUUGAGCUGUGGGCUGGGUGGGGGUGGAUUUUGAAACAGAUCGUGGUGAUCAUGAUGAGGAAGGGUAUAGUUUCAUAGAUGCCGGAUUUGCGCUCUUCUCCCGUGUCGGUAUGAAAGAAUGUUCAAAGACCGCUUUGUGACCAGGAUCAUCGACAGGGAGAUCUCCAUGAAUUACUGUUCUCGGUGUCGAGAGUGUUGUACAUUUCUACAGGUUU